AUGCAGUUUUUAGAGGUGACUUGCAAAAGUUCUGGGAUUGUGAGGCGAUUUUCCCCAGGAACAAAAGCAGGUUUUGCAAUAUCAUUGAUCAAUAAUAAAUUGGAUGCAACUUCCCCUCAUGCUUUGUACAUUGAAGCUGUUAAAUCUGGUGAAGAACCCAUUAAUUUUGGACCCAGUUCUGUUCUUCUAAGUUAUGGCAAUGGUUGGAAGUUGCAAACUGUCUUGGACUCUCAACAAGUUAACAAGGAACGCGACGGCGUGCAGGAAUUAAAUGCUGUAGCAAAGAGACAAGAUUCAGAGCCACCAAUCAAUUAUCUUUACAUUGUGAAGAUAUUUGUUGCUCUUCUUUUCAUUUUUCUACUGGGUGGAAUUUUUACAUUAGCUCUUGAAAAUCUACCAAGACUUGUGCUGUUCAUCAACUCGUUUUUGUAGUACUUGACCAUCUUACAUUAUAGAAACGAUGUGUCAAUACGAUAAUUUAGUCUGUUCUCAUUUUACCUGGAGAUAAUGUAAAUUCUAAUUCAGUGUAAUAGAAAUUACAGCUGCAAAUGUUGAGACCUAAGGCUGUUCAGGUUCAAUUCAAAGUCAAAUCAAAACUUUCUCAAGUCA